AUGCUUAAGGCCCAAUAUAACUGGACUUUGAGCUAUUCUGGGAUUAGGAGCUUUAUUUAUGAGAAUCUAGUGUGUUGCUUGCUUCUGUCUUCAAUGGCUGCUUUCACGUGUACCUCCCGUCCGCCGAUUUCUCUCCGGUCGUCAUCGACGGUCUCACUCUCUACUCGACAGAUGUUCUCUGUUUUGCCGGAAUCGAGAGGAUUGAGGACUCGCGUCUCUUUGUCUUCGGUCUCGAUGAAUUCUAGGGCUUCCCGAUUACGACGAGGGGUCAUCUGUGAAGCUCAGGAAACUGCCACAGGGAUUCCAGUGGUGACCGAUACAACAUGGGAGUCUCUAGUUCUCAAGGCCGAUGAGCCUGUUCUUGUGGAUUUUUGGGCACCAUGGUGCGGACCCUGCAAAAUGAUUGAUCCCAUUGUGAAUGAACUAGCACAAGAGUACGCAGGGAAAAUCAAGUUCUACAAACUAAACACCGACGAUUCUCCUGCAACCCCGAGUGUGUACGGUGUUAGAAGCAUCCCAACCAUCAUGAUCUUCGUUAAGGGCGAGAAGAAGGAUACGAUCAUCGGCGCAGUGCCUAAAACCACAUUAGCAACAAACAUCGACAAAUUCUUGCAAUGAAGUAACGUACUAGUCUCUGGUUUUAAAAAAAUCUCUCAUUUUUCUCUGUAUCUGCAUCUGAACUUUACCUAUCACUGUUCAUCUAGACCUGUAUAAUAAUAUAUAAUAUUUGAUUUCAAAGAUUUUAUAUGAUUUUUACCGAUACACUCCAUCUUACAAACUUGCCGAUGAUAAAAAUCUGAUCUUUUGAUUUUAGAACCUUAAAACGCCAACUCUCAGUCAACGAACCAGCGACUUCUUGUUAAAGUCAACGAUCUUAUUUUAUUCUUUAAUUUCUUGCUUGGCAAGCUAAUGUGAAGCAUCGAUGAUGAUUGAAAUUUAAACUAACUUGGAUAUGGCCUUGGCAUCGGCUGGUUCACCAAUUGGUUCACAGCCAAUUCUCUUGAGUGUUUCACGGCGUCACAGAAGACCUAACCGCCAAAAUACAGAGACUUCGAAGGAUGGCAUCAAAAUUCUCAAGUGGACUGCAACGGCUAUAAUAACUGUGACAAUGAUUAUGGGUUUCACAUGUACAAAGCUCUACAUCAGUUCUGGUCCAGAUUUAAGCAUCACAGGUCUGGUCAAAACAGCAGUAUUCGCGGUUUUUAUGUUGAGCAACAGCGUUGCGAUGCUUUCUUCUUUUGAAAUUGUAAUUGAUCUUAUCAGGGCACGACAUCUGAGUGAUGUUCUUUUCGUGCAGCCAGCUAACCUACAAGCCAUGGCACUUGUCAUGAUUUUGUGUGUGUGUAUGUUGGUUGCAUUCACGGUUGGAGGUUGUCUUGUGUUGAUCCUUCGUCUAUGGCAGUCCUUCUUUCAUGUCUAACUCGUAAACAUUUUCCAUGAUUAUAUUACACAUUCAAGCUCAUAAAGAUUGACAUGAUCAUACCACAAAAUGAAAC